AUGGAAGCACCUCAUCGACCAACACCACCUGCACCACCUGUAGAACACAAAGGAAUGAGAUGCGGUGCUCCAACUGAACCAAGAGAACUCGAUGAUCACGAUAAAGCUUUAUUUGAAGAAUUUCGUGACAUAAUCGAACAAAAACUUCGCGAACAAUUUGAUAUUCCGAAAGAUUAUAAAAUCGAAUCAACUCAAGUUCAAGCUCAAGCAGUUGCUGGUUCAAAUUAUUAUUUUCAUGUUCGACUUCCAAAUAAUAAAUUUGCUCACGUAAGAGUUUUCAAACCACUUAAAGGUCAUGCACUUGAAGCUAGUGAUCGAUCAACACGUGUCAAUGUUGAAAAAGAGACACAUGAUGACUAA